ACUAGCAUGUCUUCCAGCACGAAGAGAGCGAAAAGGGGUAAAUAUUGCGUUUGUGGAGGUCCUGGAUUGCGCAGUUGCACAAAUACCUACCACAUUGAAGGGAUAUCAAUGCACAAGUUUCCUGCGAACGAAGAGCAACGGAAAAUAUGGAUAAAAUUUGUACAAAAACAUCGACCGAAUUUUUCUCCAAGCAGUUCAUCUGUAAUAUGCUCGGCGCAUUUCGAAAAAUCUUGUUUUGCAACAAGGUAUCACGUUGGGGUACAAGACGAGCUAAAACCAAGGGCAAAAUACCUAAUACAAGGGUCUGUUCCAACCAAGGAUACGGCCAUUCUGGACGAAAUGCCAAGCACUUCGCGUGCAAAGAGAAGGGUGAGUCGUAUAUUAUAAUUUGCACAUAUAACUGCAAUGGUUUGGCUAUUCAUAUAUAGUUUCUGUUUUCUUGUUUUGCUAGCUAGUAAUUCAUCUUUGUCCUUUGAGAGCUGCACACACCUGUUGCAACAAUAUCCCUUCUUUUGUUUUGUAUAGAUAAUACGUAACCAGUUAUCACCAGUAUCGAGUAGCAUGAACCAGGAUAUGGACGAAUUAUUAAGUUCCGACGAAGACGUUGAAGUAAGCGAAGUAGAUGAAACAACUUGCGAAAAUUCACCGGUUUUACAUGUCGAUCAAGGUGAUGAGAGUUUCAUGUCACAGGAUGCUCAGGAAUCGCUUUCUUGUGCCACAUGUGGCCAAGAAAAGGAGAGAAUUGAAUAUUUACAAAAAAUCCGAUCAAAUCAAAAACAGCGACUUUUAGAUAGAAAUAGGCGAAUAAUGGGGUUCAAAAAGGAGAAUAUAAACCUAAAAAAGGUAGGUUAUAGCUGCGUGAUUGUGUGGAAGCGGGCAUAGCGUAGUUAUAUUUCUUGUAGGAAUAUAUUUUAGGAACAACUAUAGAAGUUAAAUUCACAAAAUAUGAACAUAAAACUGAUUUAUUAUAUUUCUUGUUCUUCUAGAUAAUUGAAUCCCUGCGACAAGAGGUGUCUUCCAGUUCAUCUGACGACGAGAGUAGCAGUGAGAACGAGAACAAAACAACAGGUGAAGAUAUAGGUAUCUUGGAGGAGGCUUGGAAUGAUGAAGAUGAAUCACUGGGAAACAGUUCGGAAGACGAUUUGACGGAUAGAAUGAAAGAUCCGGACUGGAAUGCCAAUAUGGAAGAUGAAGAAACCGACUCAUCAGAUGAUGACGAGCUCGAUGAAGAAGAAGUGCGGGAGAACACAUCACAGGAUGUGAGGUACGUUAUCAUUCCUGUACUCCCACACUGUAUUAAGCUAUACUUACUGAUGAAAGACUCCAGAUUUGGAAAAAACUGGAAUUUGGAAAAAACUGAAUUACUAGUUUAAAAAAUCUACUAAUGGUAUUGUCUUUUCUCUUUUAGAUUGGCUGACACAGAACCAAAAUUCAUAGUGUUCUACAGUAUGUUGGUUUCACUAUUUUCAUUGUUCUGCUUUGACUGCAAGGCAGGUUCACCAAACGUUAAUGUGAAAGUUCGUGGAACAAUGGCAAUAGUAGAACAAACAUGUAAAUCAUGCAAAGGCUGUUAUACGUGGAGAAGUCAGCCAUUGGUUUUGGGAAAGUAUCCUGCUGGCAAUAUUUUGUUGAGUUUUGCUAUUCUUAUAUCUGGAUCCUCGAUUAGCAAAGUUCUGCUGCUCCUUAGGCACUUGGGCCUCAAAAUAUACUGUGCAAGGACCUUUUUUAUCAUCAAAGAAAGUUUAUGUUCCCCUUAAUACUUCAAUACUGGGAAAAAUCUCGAGCUGCGUUAAUUAAUCAGUUAAAGGGAAUAAAGGACAGUGUUUGGGCUGGAGACGGAAGAUUUGAUAGCAUGGGCCACAGCGCAAAAUAUGGAUGCUAUACAAUGUUGAAUUGUAACUUGACUAAACUUGUACAUUUUAAGCUACUUCAGGUAGUUUGAAUCAUCCUUUUGAUGCCGUAUUGUAUACAAAAAUAAAACAUAAUCCAAAGAUAAGCAUGUUGAUUUGUUAGAUAUUCUGCAGCCAACCUUUGAGUUUGGCUCUGCAAAUGCAGCGCCAACUUGUUAGAAAUUCUGCAUGUAAGCUUUCAGUUUGGCCCUGCAGUCGCAGCGCCAACUUGGCACAAAUUCUGCACAAGAUCAACGCAUAUAAAACAAUCGUUUUUUGUAGAAUUUAGUAACACAUAAUUUUUUCUGCAAAAAAAACUGGUUAAAUAUAUCCGAUUAGCAUUAUAAAAUGCAUUUUUAAAAAUUUGUGGAGAAUAUUUGAAAUAAAGGUACAAUUUUGCAGGAUUCUCUCUAAAUAGAAUAUUUCACUUAGCUUUAGAACGUGUUAUUAGCUAUAUUUCUUUAAUUACUUUAUUGUUAUUUAAGUAUUUACAUUAGCAAAUAUGGUGGCCGCGCACAGGACAUAGCCCCAAUUAUUACAGCUAUACCAUAUAACAACCUAGCUUGGUUAUUCAAUUUAUGUGAGACUGUUGACUCAUGAG